UACCUAGGGGAAGGAAAAUGCAUACGCAGUUUGGAAAACAGCAUCAAAUAUCAUUAAAAUGCAGCAAAAAGACCCUUUUAUCAGCUGGACACGACUGGGAUGACCCCGCACCCACAACCACCAGCCCAAGGCAACGCAGAGAGAAGGAGGAACUUGCGGGAGCGGCGAGAGCUGCGUGACCGGUUGCAAGGCAUCGCUGCCCCGUCUCCGUAAGGAGUGAAAGUGAUUCUGAGCAAGCCACUAACGGUUGAAAAAAAGGCAUGGAAAUGGCUUCAUGGCUCUGAAGACACGGUCCCACCACCUGCUUUAAAGCCGCACAGAGUGGAAUUCAUAUCGCACAAGUGGAAGCGAUAUGGCGUCUUUGAAGAGUCUAUAGCACAGCAAAGCAAGAGUACUGUGGGCAGUAUGUUCAUCUGAGUGCAGUGUCUUAAAAAACAAAAAGUGCCCUGUUUUGGGAAAUGUGCUGUGAUUUAAAAAGGAGAUUUUUGCUCCUCUAUGCUACACAAAAGGGGCAGGCAAAAGCCAUAGCUGAGGAAAUAUGUCAGCAAGCAGGGGCCCAUGGACUUGAAGCUGAUAUGCACUGUAUAAGUGAAAUGGACAAGUAUAACCUGGAAACGGAAAAGGAUCCUGUAGUUAUUGUUAUUUCCACUACUGGUACGGGAGACCCACCAGACACUGCCCGCAAGUUUGUAAAGAAGAUUAAAGACACGAGCUUGCCACCUGAUCAUUUUGCACAUCUCCAGUAUGGAUUGUUAGGUCUGGGAGACUCAGAGUACGCAUUCUUUUGUAAUGGUGGAAAGACAGUAGACAGACGACUUCAAGAACUUGGUGCCCAGCACUUCUACGACACAGGAUUAGCAGAUGAUUGUGUAGGUUUGGAACUAGUGGUUGAUCCUUGGAUUGAUGGACUUUGGCUUGCCCUUAAGGAAGCGUUUCAGUUGCAGAAAGAAAAAGAAGGCAUGAGCACUGAUGCUGUUUCUAGCUCCCCCUCUGCAGCCCCGCAGAUCAGGCAUGAACUAAACUUAAGCUCAGAAGUACAGAACUUGAAGCUAGAAGAUGAAAGAGUGAAGAGUUCUGAUGUUCUGACACAGAAACUGGUUGACAUCCAUCUUGUGGCUUCAGCUAGAGACACCGAACCUUCACUUGUUCAUUCUGUCCCUCCUGUCUCUCAGUCUGCUCUUAAUAUUCCUGCCUUGCCCCCAGAAUAUAUAGAGGUGCAGUUUCAGGACACCCAUGGUGAGAAUCCACAUCUGUCCUCACUGAUUUCAGAGGGAACAACCUUUGAAGUGCCAGUUACAAAAGCAGUUCAGCUCACUAGAGAAGAUGCGGUGAAAACUGCGUUGCUCUUAGAACUUGAUAUUGCAGAUACAGUGUUUGACUACCAACCUGGAGAUGCCUUCUGUGUAAUAUGUCCCAACAAUGUCAAUGAGGUAGAAGAACUUCUUCACGUCUUGGGACUUUCUGAAAAAGGAGAGUACUUCGUUUGUGUAAAGGUUAAGCAGGGCACUAAAAAGAAAGGAGCAACUCAUCCACAACACAUCCCUGAAAGAAGCACUCUGAAAUUCAUUCUAACCUGGUGUCUGGAAAUAAGAGCAAUUCCCAAAAAGGCUUUUUUGCGAGCUCUUGUAGAAUGUACCAGUGACGCGGGAGAAAAACGGAGGCUUCAAGAGCUUUGCAGCAGACAAGGAGCCUCUGAUUACACACGCUUUAUUAGAGAUUCUAAUGUUUGCUUGCUGGAUUUACUUCAUGCGUUUCCAAGCUGCAAGCCUUCACUUAACCUGUUAAUUGAACAUCUUCCUAAAUUACAAGCCAGAUCUUAUUCAGUGUCAAGUUCAAACUUGUAUCAGCCAGGAAAACUGUGUUUUGUAUUUAAUGUUGUGGAGUUCCCUGCCUGUCCUGCUAGACCAGUCUCGCGGAAAGGAGUUUGUACAGGGUGGCUUGCUGAAUUAGUUACACCUCUACUGCACCCCAAUAAAAACACUCUGGAUGCAAAAGGAGGAAGCUCUUCUUCAACUGAAAAGAUAUCUAUUUUUGCUCGUCCAAAAAAUACUUUCCACUUACCUGCAGACCCAGCUGUCCCGUUCAUCAUGGUUGGUCCAGGAACAGGAAUUUCACCCUUUAUUGGUUUCCUACAACAUAGGCAAAAGCUCAGAGAAGAACAUACAGACUGGGAAUUCGGAGAGACAUGGCUGUUUUUUGGUUGUCGACAUCAAGAUCGAGACUAUUUGUUCAAAGAUGAGCUCAGAUGUUUUCUUGAAAAUGGCACGUUAACUCACCUUAAGGUUUGUUUCUCAAGAGACUCUUCAACUGCAGAAGUAGCCCCGCCUAAAUAUGUGCAAGAUGUCAUUAGGCUUUAUGCUAAGGAGGUUGCCAGAGUCCUGCUGGAAGAGAGAGGUUACUUCUACAUAUGUGGAGAUAAGAAGCACAUGGCUGAUGGUGUAAGCGACGCUGUAGUGGACAUUUUAAGCAUGGAAAUGGGAGCUGACAAAUUGGAAGCAAUGAAAGUCCUGGCCAUGCUUCGAGAAGCAAAACGAUAUUUGCAGGAUGUUUGGAGCUAAAUAUUCAGCUUUUCCUAUGCCUUUGUGACACAAAAGACUUAAUUUCACACACAUGCUUUUGAUUAAAAGUUAUUUUCAAAAGUGC